AUGUCUAGGAUGGCCACCAAAACCCCUCAUAUUCCCCACAUCCACCUCCUCUGCAUGGAAGAACAAUUCAGCGAUGCCUUCAACGUUGCUCGCAAGCGCCGCAAACUGCCCGACUCCGUCUCAAUCGAGAUUCAUAAUUGCGCUCUCUCCCAACUUUCAAGCAAAGUCAAAUUCGACACCGUCGUUUCACCCGCCAAUUCCUACGGUCGCCUUGACGGUGCGUUUGACGAUGCUAUUUCUCGACAGUUCUCACCCCGCGACGAUUACCAUGCUCUCACCGGCGUUGCCCAAGCUCAGCUGUACAAGACCUGGCGUGGAUUUGCACCGCCGGGGACAUGUACUUCGGUAGAGAUUCCAAAGGAGUUUGAAGCGCGAUCGCGGAAUAUCUAUGGGACACGACGUGUUGCGCUUUGUCCAACGAUGCGGAUGCCUGCUGACGUGAGAUGGGAUAAAGAAGUCAUUUAUGAGUGUAUUUGGAGUUUGCUUUGUGCGAUCGAUAAUCAUAAUCGCGAUGCUUCUGAAUAUGAUCAGAUUCAGAGUGUUCUUAUGACACCAUUGGCGACAGGUGUUGGAAGGGUGAGUCCGGAGAAGUGGGCUUUACAGACUGUUCUGGCUUUGAAGCAUUUUGUUGAGGCUUCUGAGAAUCCGGAGAAAUGGAGCUCUUUGCAGUGGGCUGAUCUCGGCAGAACUUGUGCGGAGACACAGCUAACUUGGGCAAAGUAG